AUGGCAGCAUCCUCUCCCGCCUAUUACGUGACUUUUCAGCUUCUUGAGCCGGCGACAGUGCUAGACACGAAGGCAAAGGGUGCUAUGCUGCCUCAGAGCCUGACAUGUCCGAUUUGCUCUGCUAGAUAUACGCGGCCUACUCAUUUACAUAAACAUAUACGCUCUCACUCCUACCAGCACAUACAUCAGUGCAUCCAGUGUGAGACUCAGUUCACCAGACGGGACGUUUUGAAGCGACACUUGAAGACUUGCAAAGGACCACUCAAUCAAACGCCGAGGAAGAGAAGGGCAUGCGAGGCCUGUGUUCUGUCUAGAACCAAAUGCGAUAGACAGCUUGAACAGCCCUGCUCGAGAUGCGUUGCUCGGGGAAGCAAAUGCGUGUUUACUGGUGAACAGCCUCGCCGGCAUCCUGGAGGCGGAGCAACAGACACCUCCAAAGGUUCCCUUGCUUUGUUGUCGUCAUGUACUUCGCCCUCCCCGCCCUCUUCCUUGUCGCCCACAAAUACCGCAUCGGAGGGCGAGACGCCUUAUUCACCGCCCACGCCUUUGGACUGGGGGAUAGUGGACGAAGUUUCUCAAACGGUAUCACCCCAAAUUGAAGAGGGUCCAAAUCAACGCGCGUGGGAUGGGACCCCCAAUAUCUUAUAUCCCGUUGACCACUGGUUAGACCCACACGUGCCAUCGAACGACGAGCUCGAUUUCUCAUGGUUCAACUCUAAUGAUAAUAAAGUUCCAUCAUAUGAUUAUGCACAAUAUCCUUCCCCGGUGAUGGGUACUCUUGCGAGUACUUCAGAAGAUCAGGAAUACAGGAUUCUUUCGUUAGUGCGGUGUUUCUUCUCCGACUUCUGCCAACACUUUCCUUUGGUGCAUCCUGCAACAUGGUCUACAGACAAUAAACCCUCUGUUCUCAUUCGUGCCAUGCAGGCGUGUGGCGCGCUCUUUGUCAAAACGAGACAGGCCACAGCAUUCAUCGAAGAAACACUGUCCUCUCGUAACCUCUUCGUACAGGAGUUUGCUUCCAAACCCACAAUCGAUCAAGAUUUCCUAAUAUUGGCCGUUGUUCUACUUCAGACUGUCGGUCUUUUUCACCAAAACGCCGAACAGCAGGUGACCACCAGCGUUUAUCAUCAGAUGCUGGUUAUGAUGAUCCGCCAAACCAGCUUGGUUACGCGUCUUCGCUUCUGGAUGGUUCCUGACUUAAAUGCCACAUUCUCACUAGAGCAAUCCUGGCGUGAAUGGGCUAUGCAUGAAACUAUGAAACGCGCGCUGGUAUUCUCGUAUUUUCACGACUGUUCUUACCCGGUCUAUUUUUCGAGACCGGCUUCUUUUAAAUCAACAGAAUUCGAUGUCGACUUACCAAGCAAUGACGAACUAUGGAAUGCUUCAAACCCUAUCCAAUGGCUGGGAUUGGUGGGGACACCUUCAUCCUUUUCCACGGGUUCCACGACGUUGUCUGGCGUCAGUUUGCACCAGGCGCUUGCCACUCUAGCUGGGGAAUCAGAGCCUUUACUCUCUCACCACGUCGGCCACACAUUUACUCCGACCCCAACCCCGCCAAAUCCAUUUUCCCAUUUCAUUCUGAUACACGCCAUCCUCAGAGACAUUUAUUCGUUUCCCAGUGCCAAUAAAGAUUACAUCCGUUUGCAGUCCGUUUUAUACAACUGGCUCCAAACGUGGAUGCAUUGCUGCGACGUCGUAGGGCCAGCCUAUAACAAAUCGUCCUUGGUAUACAACACCUUACAAUUUUAUUGGCUCGCGCAGAUUUCACUCUAUGCGAUCGAAAAGGGAGGUUCGGGGUGGAUGGAGGAGAGUGCCCGAACGGGACAUAGAUUUGCCCUCUUGAAGGAAUGGCUGGAGCGUAUACAUUUCUUCCUACGACAUGAUCAUGAGAUCCCUGCGCGGUUGUGGGGGGAACAGAUGAUACUUGGUUCUACCGUUCGGGCGUUCCAAGCAAUCGAAUUUGAUGAUACGGUCGGCUCUAAGGUUGAACAGUCAAAUGGUCUAUUUUCUUCUUUCUUUGAUGUACAUUGA